CCCGGCGGGGGGCGCCCCCGUUCCCCCGCGGCACACCCCCGCUCCCCCGCCCGCGGCCCCUCCGGAGCGGGCUGCACGGCCGCUUUCCUCCGGCGCGCGGCGCUGCGCUCGCUUCUCUCCCCGGGGCCGCGGCGGUCCGGGAGCUGAAACGCGGCUCAGCCAGUCCUCCGGAACCGAGGAGUCUUCCCUGAAUCUGCGGCUUUCAUGACGUCUCCCCGCGUGGUCCAUCACUCGCCUCCCAGCCGGGGAUUAUCCCUUCCCGCCCCUCUUGCCUGCCCCCCUUCCCUCCGCCCGGUCUCCCUCCCCGCCCCGGCCCCAGCGCGCACCCUCCGCCCCUCCGCUGGCCCCCGCGUGCAGCCCUCCUCUCCGCUCUCGGCCAGAGGGAGCCAGUUUGAAGACGGCCGCACCUGGCCGGAGAGGUCGGGCGGGCGGAGGGGUGGGGAGCCGCGGGGACCGGGCAGCUGGACCCCGAGCUGGAUGCACCGCGAGCGGAAUGGAGUCUCCUAACAGCCUCCCGGGGCCGAUGUGAAAUCUGACCAUCUGAUUCCAGUUUUUCUUUGCUUUUUUUUUUUUUUUAAAUCCCCUACCCCCUCGCCAUCCAUCGUAUAGUGAAUUAUUAAAUCUUGCUCCGUUCCAAGAGAGGAGAUCAUGAUUGAGUGAAACCACCCUGUCCGCAGCAAGAAAAAGCACAAAGAAGAGACUUCAGCAAUGGCCAAGCUGACAGAAUCCAUGACUAACGUCCUGGAGGGCGACUCCAUGGAUCAGGAUGUUGAGAGCCCUGUGACCAUUCAUCAGCCAAAGUUGCCUAAGCAGGCCAGGGACGACCUGCCAAGACACAUCAGCCGAGACCGGACCAAAAGGAAAAUCCAGAGGUAUGUGCGGAAAGAUGGAAAGUGCAACGUCCAUCAUGGCAACGUGAGGGAGACCUAUCGCUACCUGACUGAUAUCUUCACCACCUUAGUAGACCUCAAGUGGAGAUUCAAUCUGUUGAUUUUCGUCAUGGUUUACACAGUGACGUGGCUCUUUUUUGGGAUGAUCUGGUGGCUAAUUGCCUACAUCCGAGGAGAUAUGGACCACAUAGAGGACCCCUCAUGGACUCCCUGUGUCACCAACCUCAACGGGUUCGUCUCUGCUUUUUUAUUCUCAAUAGAGACAGAAACCACCAUUGGCUAUGGCUACCGGGUCAUCACAGACAAGUGCCCUGAGGGAAUUAUUCUCCUCUUAAUCCAAUCUGUGCUGGGGUCCAUUGUCAAUGCAUUCAUGGUGGGGUGCAUGUUUGUAAAAAUAUCGCAACCCAAGAAGAGGGCAGAGACCCUGGUUUUCUCCACCCACGCAGUGAUCUCCAUGCGGGAUGGGAAACUGUGCCUGAUGUUCCGAGUCGGGGAUCUUAGGAAUUCCCACAUCGUGGAGGCUUCCAUCAGAGCCAAGCUGAUCAAAUCCAAACAGACCUCGGAAGGGGAGUUCAUCCCCUUGAACCAGACGGAUAUCAAUGUAGGGUACUACACUGGGGAUGACCGUCUAUUUCUGGUGUCACCGCUCAUCAUCAGCCAUGAAAUUAACCAACAGAGUCCUUUCUGGGAGAUCUCCAAAGCCCAGCUACCCAAAGAGGAACUGGAAAUUGUGGUCAUCCUAGAAGGAAUGGUGGAAGCUACAGGGAUGACAUGCCAAGCGCGAAGCUCCUACAUCACCAGUGAGAUCCUCUGGGGUCAUCGGUUCACCCCUGUCCUGACGUUGGAGGAUGGGUUCUAUGAAGUCGACUACAACAGCUUCCAUGAGACCUAUGAGACCAGCACCCCCUCUCUCAGUGCCAAAGAGCUGGCUGAGCUAGCCAGCAGGGCAGAGCUGCCCCUCAGUUGGUCUGUAUCCAGCAAACUCAACCAACAUGCAGAACUGGAGACCGAAGAUGAAGAAAAGAACCAGGAGGAGCAAACGGAACGGAACGGUGACGUGGCAAACCUAGAGAACGAAUCCAAAGUUUAGCCCCCUAGCUGGGCGACUCCUUCUCCUCUCCCCCCACACAACCCUUCCUUGUCUCUCAUUCUUUUUCUUUUCUGUCUCUCUUGCUUUGUUCUUAACUUAUAUUUAAUUUGGCAUCACUAGAAAACAAAUCUUCAAGGUGUAAAAUAUCUACCUGCCCUCUCUCAGUUACCCAGAUUGACAAGGUAGACACGGAUCUGAUCGAGGUGCAAUGCGCCCUCAUUUGGGGCCCAAGCCUGCUCUCCUCCCUAAACACCACACAUCCAACUCCUGGGGAUUUAAACUACUUACCUGCAUGUGUUGUACAAUACCAGAUCACUCAAAAGAAUGUGUCAGAGAUUUUACCUGGGAAAUGACAAUUUAGGUCUCUGGUGCCUAUUUACUCAUGUGGUGAGACAUAGAGUAUAGCCCUUAAUUUUAUAGAUCCCAAUAAAUUCCAUCUACAGGGCAAGGUGCUUGUCCUAUGUGGGCAUUGCAGUUUUAGGACCCAGGUGAGGUAAAGACAAAACACUGUACAUAUAUAUGCCUUAUGUAACUAUUUUCUUUUUGCAGUUAAUAAUAAAACCCAGCAUGUACAAAAGUACUAUAGAACACAACUUCUAAAUAAUGUACAUAGAUGUAAAAUUAAUGUAAGUUUAGAUAUAUAACUUUAGAAAUAAGAUGCAAAAAAAGGGAUUCCCAACAAACAGUAAGCAUUUCUGCUCUGAUGUCUUUGUUUUCUGAAAUUUUUAGUCCCUUUGACACUGUCCCUUUAGUGCAUGGCCUUUGUUCCACAUCCCAGACUGGCAGCCAUUUGGGUACGUCACUGUUCCCUUGUUUAUUCUUUCAUUAAAUCUAAUAAGCCAUAGGUCUGGGGGAAGUUGGGAGGUCCAGCAGAUGACAAAAACCACCACCAAUCUGCUGAUAUACUGUGAAAUGUUUACAAAACUGAGGUCUCUUUUUUUAAGAUAAAAAGAACCUCACUGACUAGCCUGGGGAGAAUUCCAGGAAGAGGACACCCUCUGACGUGUCACCAAUAGUGUGUCUAUGCUUUGUACAUGAGUGUUCUCCCUCUGUAGUACAAUAGUUCGGAAAAUUUCUGCUAAACCACCGACUCUCCAGCUGUUCACUGUGUAAUCAUGAAAAACUACAGACUAUUCAAAAUAAGACAUGGUAAGUAAGCAGUAGAUGGUUUGAGUCUAAGCUGUGUAAUUCAUGAAGGCAAGCAGUGGGUGACGUACUGUAAUCAUUGACCUCACGCACUUUGACUUCAUCCAGCACUCCUCUUGUCCCUGGGGGCUUAUCCAUCAGCAUUUCUUGCAUUGAUAUUUGUUAUUAUUAUUCUUUUAUUAUUAUAGAAUGACCAGAGUUCAAUAUUCAAAGAUUAGAUCAACAACCUUGGUAACUAUCUAAAAAUAUCUCUCUAGAAUGUGCCAUACGAUCAAAGUCAAGUCCAAAGUGUCUCCCAAUCAAAAAAACACAAACAAAAACUGCAGCCUAACUCAUCUGACUAUCUGCAAAGAUAAAUGAAGAAAGGAAAAGAAAAGAAAAAGAAAGAAAGGGAGAAGAGAAGGAAGGAAGGAAAGAAUUUUGUACCAAAAAUCUAAAUUUCAAAAUGAAAAAAGUUUCAAAUGAAAAUAUAAAAAAAGGAAGAGAAUCUUAGAAAAAAACCUCAAGGGCAGGUGGAGAUUUUGCACUGUAACAGAUCUUUCAUGUUAAUAUCAUAAUUUUAAACUGUUUGCUCCCUAACACAGCCGCCAUCAUAAAUAUUCACUGACUGUAUUCGAGUUCAUUUCCAGCUCCUACAGCCGCGCUCAGUUUGAGGCUUCACACCACGGGGACUGAAGAGCCCAAACUAGCUGCCCCUCCCUGUCGCCCUUGCCUUCCCUGACCAGAGCACAAUGGCUUUUCCUGUGGUUUGGGCACUUUGUCCAUUCAAAAGCAUGCCCCAGAGGUAAGGAAAGUGGCUCCUCAGUUUAACAUGGGGGUCUCUCUUCUCCCAUUUCCAAGACCUUGCAUCAAGACAACUGCUUCUUAGCACUAACCUUAUGGAAAACAAAACUGUUGGCCACAGCCCUUUCCUGUUUGCCAGAUUUUCAUUUUUUGCAUUUAAUAUCUGUUGAAUCCUUUAUUCAUUCCACACACUCUAAGGAGGAGGUUGUACCUGGGGAGUAGGAGGGAGCCCCUGCCAGGCUGUGGAGGGGUUACUAUGGCCUUCCCUUGCUGUAGCCUUAUGAAGGGCCCUUGGUUUGAGGGUGCUAACCCUGCCGCAGGCAAGGCAGGGGAGCACAAAGCAAGAUGAAGCAGGGGCUGCAGAAAGUCUGCUACUGUAGCUCUUGAAGACUCAAUGGGCCUUUUUAAUUGUUAACUGGGUUUAAAGAAUGGCACACCCUGUUGUUUGGUGGGAAGAGCAGAGCUGGGCCCUUUAGCACAAGUGAACGAAGAGCCUUAACAACCGUUGGGUCACCCACGCAAGUCAGUUCUGCACAUGUGACGGGCACAGGGUGUGAGGUCUCUCCCUGUUCUCACUGUCUUUGGUGUCAGUGUAGCUGGAGACAGAACAUGAACCAAAUCUCAUUUUGUAAUGUGAGCCUCUGAAUCUUUAAACGAAGUUGCUCCAGAAAAACCUUUUACUAGAAUGUCCCUAUCAAACAUGUCUAUUUUUCUACAAUUAUUGAUAACACAGUUUAACAGUGUAUUUUGUGUCAGCUGUUAAAUUUGGAACUGAAAGAAACUCAUUAAGACUGAAUUUUCUAAGCAGCAAGUAUUGAAUGGUGUUUUUCAUUAAGGCAGUUCAACAGAGACGACCCCACAAUUUCUACCCAUUCUAAUUGCUCCAUAUGCAGUCCUGGUUCACUUUUUCAGCAAAUCAAGUGCUGUGAAAAUAAAGAAGCCUAUUGUAGUGCAACAAUACCCAUAGCUAAUGGGGAAUACUCUCAACUUGACAUUUCAGUCUGCCUGGUUGGUGUAUUUGAGUCACUUUUCCUUAAAAGCAUGGGGGGAUCCAUUAGCCAAAUAUGAACUUUGAACUAAAGGGUUAUGGUUUGCCAUAGCUGAUCCCAAUCUGGAAAAAAGGGCAGAUUCAGCAGGAAGCUUGACCUUCCCAAGGGCUUCUGAGACCCUCAGAUUCUCACUUCUACCCACCCCAACGUGCUUUCCAACUGGAAGAGUACCUACUCACUUGUAAGUCAACUUUAUGUCACAAAUACAAUUGUUUAUGUUUAUAGCUGCCCCGUGGGGGAACUAUUCGCUUUUGUAUUAACACGUUUGCCAUCACUGUAAUGUCAGGUCAUUGCUUUUCCAUUCCUUCAAAAGAUGGCAUUCCGGCCUAUUGAUCCAACAUAGAGCCACUCCAUGUCCCCGAGAAGGAAUUCCUUCUUCCCCUACUCCUUUCCUCCACCUGCCCCUCUCUAUCGCGCUUUCCCUAAUUCUACAGUACCAGGUCCGUUGAUUUAGUUCAGUGUCUUUUGUUGCCUCAAAGAAACCCAGCUACUGUCCCUAAAACUGUCAACCUGUUUCCUAAGCACAAUUUUCUCUUGUGGGUUUAACCAAACUAGGGUGUUCUGAAAUGUCUGUUUUUCAUUGUACUCUGAUUUAAAAUGUAUUUAUUGGUUCAUUUAAAAGCCUAAAUUUUGAAGUCUCCAGAGCAACAUCCUUAUGUUUUCUCUUCCUACAUUUUCUUACAUUUCAGGCUUUCACCUUUUCCCCUUUGUUUUUAUUUAGAUUUAAGCCAAUAUCUUUGGGAUAUUCAUUAACAGUUCAUACAGGUGGGAACUGGUAGACAGAGAAAGAAACUCUUAAAAAAUGCCAUUAGAAUUAUACUGGAACUCACCAAAAUAAUGUGAAAACAUUUGAUUAACCGAAUGAUUCAAGAUUUUUUUUUUAAUAUUAAUAGUCACUUCCAAGACAGCUUACCAAUAGUCUGACUAGUUGUCAUUCUUUCUUUCCUUGACUUGGGUGAUAAUCUAUGUGGUGCAGAAGAAUCAAAUGGGUAGUUGAAAAUUAAAUGCCUUACGUAUAUUGCAGACACUAUGUUCCGUGAUAUCCUUUCAUGAUGGCUAGAAAGUCAAAAAACAUAGGCAGCAUAUAUAAUAGAUGAUUCAUUAAUAUUGCAUUACAAUGUAGUAAAAUAUGUUAUCUUGUUUCUAGAUCUUAUGGCCAACCUGCAUUUAAGAAAAUGUUUUCCUUUAAUUUAAAGUGGAGUAAAACAUACUUCUUAAUAUUUCUGCCCUAAUGUCUUGGAGAGCUUCUCAUGCAGUGUCUUAUAGAAGUCAAAACUCUGUCAGGCUACUGAGAGAUCUUGACAAAGCACAAUAUCAAUACAUAAUACAAUAAUAAUGAAAAGCAUUGUACCCUACAUUGUGUAGUGUUUGAAGCAUUCGGAGCACCCUAUGUCAUUUAAUUCUAAUCCACCAUCAGAGCUUGAGUAUUAUAAUUUACAUUUUAUAGAAGGAAAACUAGGGUUUGGGCAAACUGAGUAAAUUCUCCAUGGUUAUAAGGCCCGAAAAUCAUAGAUCUUGAUUUCAAAUCCAGAUGCCAAUAAGCCAUGAAUAUUUUCUACUACAGACAAGUGUCGGGAAACCAAAUCUGUUCACAC